CUCUCCGGACAGCGGCAGCGAUAGCGGAUCUCGGCCCGGUACCCCCCGAUGCCCGAGCAGAGCGGGGAGCCCCCAGCAGCAUGACGGGCUACCUGGACCAGCAGGUGCCCUUCACGUUCCCGCAGCAGCCCCCGGGGGCCGGAGCCGUGCUGGGCGCUGGGAGCACUCCCGGGGAGCCGGAGCAGGACUCGGAAGAGCUCUUCCGAGACCUGAGGCAGCUGCAGGAGACCUGGCUCACUGAAGCUCAGGUUCCAGACAAUGAUGAGCAAUUUGUGCCUGACUUCCAUUCAGAAAACUUAGCUUUUCACAGUCCUCCUGCUAAGAUUAAAAAGGAGCCCCAAAGCCCCUCGGAGCCCACGCUGUCCUGCAGCCAUGAGCAGCCACUCCAGCACAACAGUGAGCAGUGCCUUUAUGCCAGUGCCUAUGACCAGCCCAGACAGUCUCCCAGCCCAGGAGUCCUGCUCCAGCCAGCACUCCAGCAGUUCCCUAGGCAGGACAGCAGCUUCCUGAGCCCUGCAGGGCCCCCCUGCUCCACAUCCAGCCGUGGAUACCUCGGUGACAGCAGCUCUGUGUAUCAGCCUCCUGUGGAGAUGUGCCACUCCUUCCCACCCUCCCAGGCCAUGGCCCAGGAAGAUCCCAUUGCCUACCAGUGCCAGCUGCCCAAGCCCUGCCUGCAGUUCCCUCCCCAGGGCUUCAAGCAGGAGCACCAGGACCCACAGUACGAGCAAGCAGGGCAGGCAGGCAGCAGGCAGCAGUACCCAGCUGUGGUGGUGAAGCAGGAGCAGGUGGAGUUCCUGCACGACUCAGAUGUUCCUGACUGUCCUUCCAUGUACAUGAAUGCUGAGAGUUACCCAAGCCAUUCAAAUCCAGAAGACACAUUAGGCUGCAGCUAUGACAAGCAGAUGAGGUCCUUUACUGAUGAUGUCUGUGUUGUUCCAGAAAAAUUUGAAGGUUGGAGAAAGAAAGGCUUGGAGUUUUGGUCAGGAGACAUCAAGCAGGAAGGAGGAGGGUUCAGGGAAGGACCCCCCUACCAGAGACGGGGAUCACUCCAGCUCUGGCAGUUCCUUGUGGCCCUGUUGGACAAUCCCACCAAUUCCCACUUCAUUGCCUGGACUGGCAGAGGAAUGGAGUUCAAGCUCAUUGAGCCAGAGGAGGUGGCCAGGCUCUGGGGGAUCCAGAAGAACCGUCCAGCCAUGAACUAUGACAAGCUGAGCCGAUCUCUGCGCUACUAUUAUGAGAAAGGCAUCAUGCAGAAGGUGGCUGGGGAGCGUUAUGUGUACAAGUUUGUGUGUGAGCCUGAGGCUCUGUUCUCCAUGGCCUUCCCCGAGCAGCAGCGGCCGGCGCUGAAGGCGGAGCUGGAGCGGCAGGUGAGCGAGGAGGACACGCUGCCUCUGGCUCACCUGGAUGAGCAUGGCUCCUACCUGCCAGACCUGGGGAGCUUCCCUCCACAGCUCUACAGCAAAGGCUACACCUACUAGCACUGCUGGGAGGAGAUGGCUGGUUAGUGCUCAAUGGUAUCAGCUUUUGUUCCAGCCAGCACUGAAUUCUGGAUCCCUGCUUUGGUGUUCAGGUACACAUUGGAUCAUCACCUCACAGCAGACAGGGCUCUUGUGUGCUUGUGAUAGAACUCUAUGUCAGGGUGGGGCUUGUUCUCAUCUGUGCAGACAUCUCAGCAGCAGAGCUCCAGCUUCAGCAGCAGAUCAGGUCAUUGCUGCCUCCAGCUGUACCAAACAUCUGUCCCAAUCCCCCUCGGUGCAGAGGGAGGGGAUGCUGUCCCACCCUGGUUUUGGUUCAUGUAUGAGAAUGCUACAGUGCUGCUGCUGACUCCAUUCCUCCAGCACACGUCCUGAACCUCUGUGUGACCUCUUUCAGCUCAGAGGAGCUCACUCUGACAGGCCAGCUAAGCCUUCUUCCCAGGAUGGCUGCAGGACAAUGGUCACAGAUUUGUGCCUUCCUUGAGGAACACUCCUUGUCUUGUACAUGCAUGCUCCUGCCUUAUCACCUCCUUGCUCAUGCCAGGAGUUCCUGGCAUUCAGGCACUCUGAGCCUUGGCGAGGAUUAGAGCAGUCCUGGAGUCCAUGGCCCAAAGGCAUUUAGGGGAACCACAGAAGAACUCAAUUGUAUUAGUUUGGGACACAGGUGAAAGCCAAUGCUUCCUUCAGGUCCAGGGACUGUGGGCAGCAGCAAGGCCUGAGACACAGAUCAGUGUCUGGUGAGGCUUUUAAAAACUGAAAAACUUCUUCAACAAACAUUCUCAGGAUAUUUGAAGAGCUGUCAGGUUCUUCAGUGUGCCCAUCCUGGGCUUGGCUAGAGAAUCCUCUGAGGCAGGAGAAGGACCUGGUGGAGGUGUGAUUAAAAAAUACUAUACAAAGCAACCUAAACCAUACAUAGAUCUUUAUAUAGACUUUAACUCCACAGAUAUUUGCAUGUUUGAGGGGAAUUUGGAUGUGUGGAAGAGGCAGCUCUCUCUGCAGUCCAAUGCAAUUUAACUAAACUGGCAGGUUUUCCACAACAGUAAAUGUUUACAAUGGGCAUCACAUCCUGAUUAAGAUGUGUUUAAUUUUUUAAUUAGCAGCUCCAGCACAUUCCCAGUUAGACAAGGAGCAGUGCAGUGUAGCCAUACAGAAAAAGUGUUUCCACUGCUUCAGAUUGAUGUUUCAGCUGCUGAAUACAGAGCAUUGCCAAUCCUGUCAGCAUGGUAACCUGUAGAGAAAAUUCUGUAUAUUGACUGAAAGCCUGUUUUCUUCUGAUGACUCAUCCCUGCAUGGCUCAUGCCAACCCUCCCAGCCUCAUCCCUGAGUGCAAGAGCCUGGAAAGGCAGCAUUCCCUGCUUGAGGAGAGGCAGAACUCAGAGCAGCCUGCUCUGCUGCUGCCUUUGCAGGCCCUGUGCAGAGACUUGGUGUUCUGACAGUUCCUGACCCUCCUGCCUUGCCCUGCACCUCCCUGGCCAGCACAGCUCCUGUGCUGUCCCAGAAGUGAGGGUGUAGGGGAACCCUUCCUUUGGUAUAAGCUGCCUUGAAGUAUUUAUGAGUGUAAAAAUGCUAUCAUUAAUAAAUUGAUCUGUCUUUGGCCAGUGCAACUUCA